AUGGUGCAACGACGUAACGACAAUGAACAAGUCGUGCCCCACGGUCUAUUUUGGCGAGAUAAGCACGGGUUCCGGGUGGGAGAGCUAACCGCCGCCUCGCGGGGGUGUGGCGAAGGUCUCGCCCCGACUCCAACCCCCGCCAGCAGCAGCAGCAACAGCGCCAAUACCACCACCACCACCCCCAGCAGCCCAAGCACGACCACUACAACCACCUCUACCACCUCUACCAGCAGCACCGUCACCAUCCCACAAGUUGCAACGGGGGCUGAACCGCCCCGGCACAUGGAGACACCCCCGACGAUGGUCCCCGACCAGGCACCCGCCUCCGGCCAUCAUUAUCACCAUCACCAUCAUCAUCAUCAUCAUCAUCAUCGAGUGGAUACGGCAUUUCCACGAUGGCAGACGUGUCGCUGUACAAGUCAGCAACACGAGCAAGAAAGAUAA